AAAAAAGACGAGUUUAUAGCGACACUCUGUGGGCGAAACCGUGUAAUUCCUAUGCAAUAGUUCCAAUUUUGACCCUCGCGCCUCUCCGUAGAACCGCCCUGUCAUGUCUGCCCCCUUAGUGUCCCUACUAGGGUGCUGUCAACGUUUAUCUCGGCUCCUUGUUGCUCGGCGACCAUGCAGUUCCAGCCCCGUGAGUUCGCUCCCCCUGCACAGGAGGUUGCUCUUCUUCCUCACCCAGCGUUUCUAUGACGUCGAGAUGCUCCUCAGAUGGAAGGCUCGGAUGAAAAGGAGAGGGCUACUAAAGAAAAAUGCUUACUAUAGCUACACUGAGGGCAUUCAUGGCGCUGACAUUGCAGCAGCCUUCUUCGUCUUGCGUUUGAGGGGAGGAUUUCGAUUUGUUGACCAGUCAGAAUGGUUCCGUGCAGACCAGAAGGGCAAGUUCAAUUGGGACUUUAUAAAUUACAAAGACACACCUCUGGAAGAAGUUGACAUGAGUUAUACAAUCAUUAACUACAUUGGACUGUCCAACUUGGAGAGACAGAAGUCUUUGCGGACUCUGUCCUUACGAGGAUGCUCUGAGGUGGAUGACUGGUUCUUGGCCCGGCUACAUGUGUUCCAGGAUUCUCUGAAGGAGCUAGAUAUCUCUUAUUGUCCACGCAUCACCACAGGCGGGCUGGCUGCACUAAGGAAUCUCAAGGGACUACGGCGUCUGGACGUAUCAGCCCUCCCAGGGAUUUCAACUCCUGGUUUGGUGAUCAUCCUGCUGGAGGAGAUGUUACCACAUUGUGAGGUCAUUGCUUCUGGUUAUGAUCACAGGUUGGAGCCAGAAGGAGAUGAUGAAGAACGCGGCCAAGGCUAGGCGAGUACACAGGUCACAAGGACAAUAAAUAAUCACAAUGUCGCUCAUUGUCUGUGUAAAGGAGAUGGAAUUGUGACAUCUGAAAAUCUCCCAUAGAGCAUUUUGAUCGGAGUUAAUUUUAUUGUAGUUUAAAAUAUGAACAACACCUAUGAACCAGAGUUGUUGGUUUACAUCACUGUCAUCAUUGUCUUUGCAUCUUUGUGAGAGCAGGUGAACAAACUUUGUAUGCAGAAUGUCUUCAAUAAAGGUGAUCUGGUCUGAUAGGAUUUCACUCAUA